AUGCACACAAAACUAACCGCGCUAUUCGUGCCCAUCGACGCCGUGGGUCACGUGAACGCCGCCAUAGGACAGGCAGAGGUACUGAUACUCGCGGGACAUCGCGUGGUAUUCGCGGUCAGCGAUCAAUGGAGGGGUCGACUCACGAAGUACGGCAUCGAAGAGGUAUUACUGCACUACGACACGUACGACAAUGAUAAGGACCCGGCUCGUGAGUGGGCUGACAGGCUACAAGAUAAUGGCGUUAUUAAAAAAGAUUCAACCGCAAUUGACAAUCUAAUCAAUAUGACUGUGAACUUGAUGCCAUACAUGAUUGAAAAUGCUAAAGUAUUGGACACCCUGCUGGCGGGGCUAAUACCUAAAAUUAAGCCGGAUGUCAUAUUAGUGGAUCAUGGUUUUGAGUUGACAUCGGUGGUCAAGUCUGGUAUACCCUGGGUAUUGGUUAACAGUUGCAAUCCGUUGGUUCAUUUUGAUUACCCGGAACUGCCACCGCCACUUUCAGGCCUACCCGCUGUUGGACACAGAGAUGAGUGGAAAGCCUUUAGAGCACAGGCAGUGAAAGUUUGUCAACCCAUUAGGGAUAUGAUCAACAAAUAUCUCAAUUCAAAGGGCGUUCCGUUACUAAAUGACAACAAAUUUGUGAUGUAUAUCAAUAACUCGAAAUACCUUAAUAUAUACGGCUAUCCACUGGAGUUAGACUAUCAGGAUAUGAGACCAUUGCCACCAAAUUGGUAUCGGUUUGAUAAUCUUAAGCGCACAGAAAAAGGUCAGCCGUUUGACAUACCGGUGACGUUGAGGGACAGACCGGGAAAGUUGAUAUAUUUCUCGUUAGGAUCCAUGGGUUCGGUAGACGUGGAGAAUAUGAAGAGAUUAGUGACUAUUUUGUCGAAAUCUAAGCACAGAUUCAUUGUAUCGAAAGGACCCAAACAUACGGAGUAUGAGUUACCGGAUAACAUGUGGGGCGCGGCAACUGUUCCCCAAAUACAAGUCCUUUCAUUGGUUGACUUAGUUAUAACCCAUGGAGGGAACAACACUACAACCGAAACCUUUUACUUCGGGAAACCUAUGAUAGUUAUGCCAUUACUGGCCGAUCAAUGGGAUAACGCACAGAGAGUUCAUGAGAAAGGGUUUGGUAUACGACUCGAUGCCUACCAGUGCUCUGAGUCUGAGUUAUUGACAGCAAUUGAUAAGCUAUUGAAUGAUAAGAAAUUGAUUGAGAAUCUGAAGACUAUAUCCAAAAGAAUACAAUCGGAUAAUAGUAUCGCAAAACUUCCUGAACUUAUUGAGAAAUUAGUGAAUAAACAUGAUAUUAAUAAUAAUUAA